CUUUAAUUUGUACAUAGCGUCACGCUUAAUAGAUUGAAUUUACUUGUAUGCAUGUAUACACACACACAACGACGGUUUAUUUGGCCCAACCAUUCAUUCUUUGUUCGUUAAAGGCUGUAAACAGAUUGAGCUCAAACAGUGACUUAAGCAAUGUUUUGCAAUGGUUUGAAAGCAGUUGGGAUACAGGAUAUACUUAAAUUGGAGUAAAUAUCAGUCAAUAUGUCGGACACCAACAGGAAGUUGAUUACCGUGAUGCUCGUGCUGGUCUGGAUAUCCAUGGGCCUGUUUUUCGAGGUCGGAGGGCCCACUAUGGUGGAUCUACGCAUGAAGUUCAACACUUCCUCUGCCGACAUAGCGCGCUCAGUCUCCGCCCAGGGUUUCGGGAUAUUCGCCGGCGCGCUUGCAGGCGGGCUUGUCAUAGACGCCAUGAGGACGUGGAAGUUCCUCGUGGUGACGCUGGCGGAAACCAUAGCAACCGUCGCCGUGAUAUUGAUGCCGUUCGUCGCCUCGCUGACCUGGCUUUGGGUGAUGUUCUUUUCCGUCGGAACAGCGGCAGGGCUUAUCAACGUCGCCGGCCAGCGGAUGCUGAUAGAAUUGUGGCGAGACGAAUCUGCAUCCCCCAUGCAUGCCAUGCAUAUGGGCUUCGGAAUUGGCGCCCUAUUAGCUCCAAUUAUUAUUAACCCUUUCCUCGCCGUUUUGGAGUAUGGUUCCGUCAACGCGUCGAGCAAUGACGUCACCCUCCCCGGAGGCAGGGAUUUCAUCGUCAUAAAGGAAUCUCGUGUUAACCUAGCUUUUGUCACGAUUGGUUUAUGCUCUGCGACGCUGGCGCUGCCAGUUUUCUUGUACCCCUUCGUGAAGUGCUUCCGACGUUACAAGAACAAAUAUAACAACAUGGAUGAACCGGAAGAGAGCACUGUUGCGCUUGCGCAGAACGGGAUAGUAAAGCGAUUGCUGGUUAUUCUAAACCCAGCGACCUACGCUAACGGAAAUUUCAAGCUCGGUCUCACCGUGUUUGUGUUUAUCAUUGUGUUGUACAUAAAUCUCGUGGGUGGGGAGCAGCUGUUCGGAAAUUUCGUGCGCACGUUCUCCGUAGAUGAGCUUCGAUUCGCCCGCAACGAGGCCUCCUAUCUUGAUACGGUCUACUGGGGCAGCUUUACGAUUGGGCGACUCACGGGCUCCGUCUUAGCGCACUUUAUUUCUAUGCGCAAACUAUUCUUGAUAGAUUUAUUUAUGAACCUUUUAGCUGUUACCUUCGCGGAUAUUUUCGCAGCGCGAGGGAAAAAUUUCUUAUGGGCGUUCACUGCCAUAGUCGGUUUCUUCAUUGCGCCGCUAUUUCCGGCCGGUAUCGCGUACAUUAAUACGCAUAUAGAGGUUGGUGGAAUGGUGCUGACGCUGGUUGUGUUCGCUACAGGCUUCGGUCAACUUCUUUAUGUUUGGAUUGAGGGCCUACUUUACGAAGCGUACGGACCUAGGACUAUUUUGUACGCUAUGCAGUUCUCUGCGAUAUUCCUGUGUCUCAUUUCUGUUAUAUUUGUCGCCAUAAGCUGGACACGAAAACGCUUCGCGAUCAACGAGGACCAGACGCCGGUCGUGACGUCAGGUGAGGACAUUAGAAUGACAUCGGAUUUGCGGUAUAGCGAUAUGAAUACUAGUAGCUGACAAAUGGACUGCGAUAUUUAUUAGUAACACACAUGUACAUGGUUUUAAGUUAUACGUCUACUUUUCAAUGUUAUUGUUUAAUGGUAUCAAUAAAUAUAUUGAUUAUG